AUGGCUUUGCAAAAUGGUGAUCAGCUAUCCAGCGACUUGUUUCAUUCUCAAGCUCACAUAUGGAACCACAUUUUUAGCUUUAUAAACUCCAUGUCACUAAAAUGUGCAGUUCAGCUACAGAUACCUGAUAUCAUCCAUCAUCAUGGUGCACCAAUGUUGCUUUCUGAGUUAGUCGAAGCCCUCUCCGUUAACAAGGAGAGAUCAGAUUUUGUUCAUCGACUAAUGCGCAUCCUUGUUCAUUCUGGUUUCUUCCUGAAACAAACUAUAUCCACGACUGAAGGAGACGAGGAGGAGGAGAAAGAAGUCUAUUUGCUAGCUCCUGCUUCUCGUCUCCUUCUGAAGGGAGAGUCAUUAAGCAUCAGACCCUUUUUGCUAGCCAUGUUGGAUCCAAUAUUGAUGGAUCCAUGGCAACACAUGACCAACUGGUUUCAAAAUAAUGAUGACAUCUCCCCUUUUCAGACAACCCAUGGGAGGAGUUUCUGGGACUUUGCAGGCCAGGAGCCAAAGCUUAACCAGUUCUUUAAUGAAGCAAUGGCUAGCGAUGCAAGACUUGUUACAGAUGCCAUUCUUAAACACUGUAGGGGUGCUUUUGAAGGGCUGAAUUCAAUUGUUGACGUUGGUGGUGGUACUGGGACAGUUGCCCAAGCUAUUGCCAAAGCUUUUCCCAGACUUGAUUGCAUCAGCUUUGAUCUUCCUCAUGUUGUCAAUGGUAUGGAAGGAAGCAACAAUUUGAGGUAUGUUGGUGGAGACAUGUUUGAAGCCAUUCCCAAAGCUGAUGCUGUUUUUGUGAAGUGGAUACUGCAUGAUUGGAGUGACGAAGAAUGCAGAAAGAUAUUGAAGCGAUGCAAAGAAGCGAUUCCGAGCAAAGGAAAUGGCGGAAAACUGAUCAUCAUCGACAUGGUGGUGAAGAACCAUGAAGUGGAUAGUGCUGAAUCACUCCAGACACAGCUUUUCUUUGAUAUGCUUAUGAUGACAUUGGCCACCGGAAAAGAGAGGACCCAAGAAGAUUGGAUAAAGCUUUUAGUUGAUGUAGGAUUUAGUGAUUGUAAAUUCUCUCCAAUUUUGGGGUUAAGGUCGCUCAUAGAAGCUUACCCAUGAUACUUAUGAAGUUGAUU